CUUAGAUUCUAUAUUUAUUAUAAUCAUAGUAUUAUUUAUACUAUAAUUGAAACAAUUAUUACAUUCAUGAUAAAAGCCCAUAAUAAAUAAAUAAUUUUUCUAUUUUAUUAAAAUGGUGAGGGACUCGAGAGACUGGAACUUCCCUACGACCAUCACUCGGGCUGUUCAUUUAGUGUGCAUCUUGGACGGAACAGGUGACAUGUAGAAGUUAAAGUUAUCGCUGACUGCAGACUGACACAGUCCUUUGACCGCAUUGUGAGUAUAGAUUGACGAAGAUUUCUCUACAAGAAAAUACGCGGGAGCUGGCUUCAUCUACACGACAACAAGAGUGACGCAGCAAGGUCAGUGUUCUCCCACUCUCGCAACAGCAGCAGCAAACGAGCAAGAUGGCAAUGGCAGGGGGGUAUUUCUCCCAUCUCGGUUCGCUCAUGGGCUUCAUCAUGAUCCUCAACCAGAUAGUUCCGCCCCACGUCUGGUUCCUUCUGGAGCUCAAGCUCAAGAGGUUUGUAACUUGGCUAUGGUGGGAGACAGAGCUCUCAAUCCCAGAGUACGUCCGCAACAACACCAACGAGAUCUACGACCUGGUCGACCUCUACGUUGCUCACCUCACCGACACCAACACCAAGAGCUCGGCAAACAGGAUCCAGUACACGCGAGUGAAGAACGCCAGCAAGCCGAAUUGCAACCUCACCAGGGGCGAGCGAGUGGAGGACAAGUUCAAAGGCGUCACAUUCUCCUGGGUCUUCAACGUCACCGAGCCCUCCAACCGUGGAGGUUUCAGCUAUUUUGAUCGAAGUGGAGGAACACAGCGAGAGUACGUUGUCCAAGUUCACAGGAGGCACAAGUAUACACUCUUGCCCGAGUACAUGAGGGAAGUGAUCAAGCUCGGAGAGAGCUUGAAGCGCCAGAACCAAGACCGGCAGCUCUACACCAACAUAGCAAACUCGGACGACUGGGGUUACAGGAAGAAGCCGUGGAGAUCGGUGCCUUUCAAGCAUGCCUCGACGUUCUCGAGCCUGGCGCUGGAUCCCGAGCUCAAGAACAAGAUCGUCCAGGACCUGGAUUCCUUCAUGGCUGGUAAGGAUUUCUUUGAGAGAGUUGGCAGAGCUUGGAAGCGCGGGUAUCUCUUGUACGGGCCUCCGGGGACUGGGAAGUCGUCACUCAUCGCUGCCAUAGCGAACUACACGCAGUACGAUGUCUAUGAUAUGGAGCUAACGGAGGUGAAGAGCAAUGCCGACUUGAGGAAGCUGCUCAUGGGGAUUUCCAACAAGGCGAUUAUCGUGAUCGAGGACAUUGACUGCUCGCUGGAGCUCAAGAAGAGGGGAAAGCCAGCGCCGGAGGAAGAAACCAGUGAAGAGCCCAAGGAGAAAGAUGGAGCGUUGCCAGGGAAGAAAGGUAUGAAAGAGGAAGAGAGCACCAGGGUCACACUCUCGGGGCUACUGAAUUUCAUCGAUGGGCUGUGGUCUUGUAGCGGGAGCGAGAGGAUCAUCAUCUUUACAACAAAUCACAAGGAAGAUCUGGAUCCCGCACUGCUGCGGUCGGGCAGGAUGGACCUUCACAUUUUGAUGGGCUACUGUGGAUUUGAAGCGUUCAAGGUGCUGGCCUGGACUCACCUUGAGAUCUCGCAGAAGGGCGAGUUUGAGAAGGAGUUUGGAGAGAUCGAGGAGCUGAUCGCCAAGGUUGAGAUCACUCCUGCUGAUAUCGCAGAGGUGUUGAUCCAGAACAGGGGGAACUCGAGAGGGGCUCUAGAGAAGGUGAUUGAGGCUCUCCAGGAUCAGGCUGCAAAGAAAGAUGAAGAAGAGGAGGGGGACGGUAAAACUGAUCAAAAUAUCUGAAACAUUGCAAUCGAACCGGUUAUGUGGUAGAGUACUAUUUCUAGACCACCAGCUCAAAUUCAAGAAGAAUGCCAAUAAACUACCACCACAACCCUUAUUGUA